AUGACGAUCGUUAAACUGACCGACGCGGAAAGGCAAGAGAAAAUCGAGCCAUUGUUGGGAAAAGGAUGGGCGAUGGUUGAGGGAAGGGAUGCCAUUGAGAAAACAUUCAAAUUUAAGGAUUUCAAUGAGGCUUUCGGUUUCAUGACACGAAUCGCGCUAAAAGCGGACAAAAUGGACCAUCAUCCCGAGUGGUUCAACGUCUACAAUACGGUGCGAAUCCUCUUGGCUACUCAUGAGUGCAGCGGGCUAAGCAGUCGCGAUGUUGAACUCGCAAAUUUCAUUGAGAAACUU